CAGGCGGUGUUGUCUUCGGCGACAGAGCCGGUGAUCAACCGUGUUUUGAUAAAGCGGAUGACGGUGUCUGAGGCCUUUCGCGACCAUCUCAAGGACGCGAACCUGCUGCAGUUCUUCGGCGCGUCCCUCUCGUCGAACCUGCUGAAGAAGCCCACGUUCGAGCUCACCGUCAUGAUCGCGGGCCUGCUGCCCCUGGGCACGGUCGCGACGCGCGGUUUCUUCGUAGCGCUCCUCUUCACGACCGCCACCCUGCCUGUCACGAACCUCAAGUUCUGGAUGUCUCUGCAGAUGCCCGUGAGCGAGGCCAUGCGGCUGAACAUGCUCUACAAGGCCUACGCCCCCACGCUGGCGCGCGACGUCGCGUACGCGACGGCGCGCGGCCUCGCGAUGCAGGCGCUGCUGGCGUCGGACGGUCAGUCAGACAUAGUCGUCAUUUUUCUGUCUGUGCUACUUGGCUGCUUCCUGGCGUCUCCCUUCAACGAGUGGAGGGGGUACUGCUUACAGGACGAAGUUGCCCUGUCCGCAUGGGACUUCUUCAAGCCGGUAGACGUGCUGCGGUCCAGCAGCCUGGGCGCUUUCAACCAGGCGCUGUCGCUGGCCGCGGGCUACUGGUUGAGCACAGUUGUGCUUGGUUUCGGAGGGCCGGCCGCGGCGCUUGCUCCCAGCGGCCGCUCGCACGUUCCAUUUGAAGCGGGCUGUGCUCGCCCGUUCCAUUUGAAGCGGGCUGUUUCGAUCACAGCUUUGAACUGUCACAGUUUAAUACAGCCGCUGAGACUUCUUUUCCCAACGCUCAGCGCUGCGGAAGGGCUGCUGAUCAGGGAAGGGCUCAUUCGGAGGGCCAGGUCCUCGGAGGGUGCCUUGCUCUCGCGAGGCUCUGCCCUAGAGUCCCCAUGACUCCCUCCUCGUCUUCCCUCCUCUCCUCCUCUCCUCCCUCCUCCCUUCUCCUCCCCCCACCCCCGCCGCCCCUUCCUCCUCUUCCUCCUCCGCCCUCUCCCCGUGCAAGCGAUGCCUCAUGUCCAGCAGAGGCGAGCUUCGGCAUAGACAGAUGCGCCGCCGCCUCGCGUACAGCGCGCGCGAGAGGCAUCGUUCGGAGACGCCCUGCUGCGGGCGGCAGCCAGGAGAGGAGGAGGAGGA